AUGUCCACCGCUCUCACCGGUCCAGCGUCCGAAUUGGGGAUCAAUGUCAGAGCUGGAGUUGAAGCGGCAUUUGAUGAGCAAAACUCGGUCGGUGGCUUAGGUGGCCGUCAACUCGAACUCAUCGUAUUGGACGACGGAUACGAACCCGAUCGCACGGGGCCCAACAUGCGAGCGCUGAUCAGCGAACACCGUGUGUUGGGCAUCAUCGGAAAUGUUGGAACCCCGACCGCGGUGGUUGCUACCCCGAUUGCAAACCGGGAACGUAUUCUGUUUUUCGGUGCUUACUCAGGUGCGGGCGUUCUACGAAAAAACCCUCCCGACAGGUACGUCAUCAAUUACCGCGCAAGCUACGCGGAAGAAACUGCCCGUAUGGUCGACGUCCUCAUCAAGAAAGAAGGACUCAAGCCGGAAGAGAUCGCCUUCUUCACCCAGCGCGACGCGUAUGGCGACGCCGGCUACUUUGGUGGCCUCGCAGCACUGAAAGAGCACGGCUUGGCUGACGAGUCAGAAGUUGCCCACGGUCGCUACGAACGCAACACCCUGGCUGUCGAAAACGGCUUGGCCGAUAUCCUCUCAGCGGAUCCUCCGGUUAGGGCCGUAAUCAUGGUCGGUGCAUAUGAACCCUCCGCCCAAUUCAUCAAGCUGGCGAAGGGGUUCCAACUCGACGCGCUCUUUUUGAAUGUUUCGUUCGUGGGAGCCAAGCCACUUUGCGAGGCGUUGGGCGAUAUGGGCGAAGGGGUAAUUAUUACUCAGGUCGUUCCCCACAUCGAUUCAGAAUUGCCGAUCGUCAAAAAUUACCAGGCGGCGUUGGCUCGCGGCAACACCGAUGUAGAGCCAUCGUUCGGCGGGUUAGAAGGGUACAUCGCUGGGUGCAUUCUCAUUCGCGCAUUGGAAAGAAGCGCCGACCCUCUCUCGCGGGAAGCGAUCGUAGACUCGUUGGAAAAUCUAGGCAGCUUUGACGUCGGCCUGGGACACAUGCAGCGAGAACCUCGCAUUUCGAUUGCCACGUUGGUGUGGCUAUUGCUGGGGGUCGGCAUCGGCGCCGGGGUGAUCAAUUUGGUGGUCACCGCCGGCACCCACCACCACAUCGAAGCACUCCACGCACAAACCGAGCAGGCCCAAGUUCUCCUGGAAGAUUCAGCCGAUAUUCUUUUCGAGCAGCGGGCGUCAGUCGAGCGACAGAUCAAGCAACAUCAAGCACCGCACGCAGCGGAUUCAGACGAAUCUCAAGGAGAAGAAAUACAGGCAGUCAUCGAGACUUGCAAACAAACGUAUCGUGAACUUGUCGACGACCCUGGCAAGUCGGAAACAGAGUUUGAUCGACUGCAGGUGGAGUUGUUGAACCUUCAACAUUUGCGUGACCUCGCCUCGGAGCAAGCAAGGCAGGUCCGGCACGAAGCCGAUCGUCGAAGCCUGGCGAUCGUACAAGUUCGCAAUGCAAUCAGAGCGGCGGCAUCAACUGCCGAGCGUGUUGAAGGGCUUCAACGACUUCGACAGAUUGCAGCGGUCCGCAGGUAUCGUCAGUCUAACGGGCAGCACGCCACAUCGGUUGCCGAGGAACUCAUCAAGCAUGUCGAUGCCAACACGUGGCCAGGUGCAUUCAAAACAGAUCUGAAUGAGCUUGCCGUGCUAUCCGAGCAACUCUUUGCUGCAAAAGACUUGGACACGAUCCGCAGCCUGAAAGACAACCGAAUGAGGCAGUCGCUGGCGCGGCUCCGACAUGAGGCCGAAAAAAUGGCUCCUCCAAUCGACGGAGAGCUCUUAAGCCAUGUCGAGGAACUACAAUCUGCUCUGUUCGGGGUAGACGCAUACGACGACCCGGCCUAUCAGACAAUGGUUGCCGGCUCACGAGGGCUUUACGCUUGUCAGGAGCAGUACAUUGUCGCCGUCGACGCGCUAAAGCAAACCGAUGCGCAAGCUUGGGCCGAGGUCGAACGGUGUGUAGACACCGAACACCGUGUGGCGAUGAUGAUUGGAAAUCUUUCGAACUUAAACGUCGAAAGCAAUUCCCUUGCACUGCAGAGAGCAGACCGGAAGGUGCUCGGCGUCUCCAUUGUGGUUCUCGUUCUUUACUUCCUGCUGGGUUUCUAUUUGAUGAAGCUCGGAAACCGAGUGGAAACGGAGUUGUUGAAAAACAACCGAUUCUUAGCCGUCGCGAAAGAAAACGCCGAUGCAGCGAACGUUGCGAAGAGCGAGUUUCUAGCGAACAUGAGUCAUGAAAUACGGACGCCAAUGACGGCAAUCAAUGGGUUUAGCGAGCUUCUGCUCGAUGAGAGCCUGUCGAAAACCGAACGCGAGAGUGCAAUCCAUACAAUUCAGCGCAAUGGAAAACACCUCUUGGCGAUCAUCAAUGAUAUUCUCGAUCUUUCAAAGGUUGAGGCUGGUCGACUCGAAUUAGAAGUGUCGAACGUGUGCCCCGCCGAACUCAUGUUCGACGUCAUCGCUUCCUUGGCCAGGCCUGCUGAAUCUCAGCACAACCAGUUGAGCGGUGAAUUCAAGGGAAGAAUACCUCAGUCAAUUCAGGGUGAUCCAACGCGGCUCAAGCAAGCCCUGAUGAAUCUGGCAGGGAAUGCGAUCAAGUUCACCAAAAAUGGCACAGUCCAGAUCGUGGCAGAGUGUGAUGCUGCGAACCAACGGCUCAGUUACAAAGUAGUCGACUCAGGGAUCGGCAUGACGUCGGAGCAACUCAGCCACGCAUUCGAACCCUUUCGUCAGGCCGACACUUCAACCACGCGCAAGUACGGCGGUACAGGUCUCGGCUUGACGAUUACCAGGCGCAUCGCCGAAGCCAUGGGCGGAGAAGUAACCGUUGCAAGUGAACCCGGUAAGGGCAGCACAUUCACUCUUACAGUGGCCACCGGACCAUUGGACGGCGUGCCAAUGAUCACGCAGUUCGACAGAGCGUGGCCCACAGAAAGUUCCGCUGCGAGCCACAGCUCGGUCAAGUUAGACGGAUGCAUGCUCUUGGUUGAAGAUGGAAUUGAUAAUCAGCGGUUGAUCAAGGUCAUUCUAGAGAGUGCUGGCGCUACCGUCACGGUUACCAGUGAUGGACAAAAAGGGGUCGAUGCCGCCAUGGAGGCAUGGCAGCAAGGGCAUCCGUUUGAUUUGGUUCUGAUGGAUAUGCAAAUGCCCAUCAUGGACGGCUACACCGCGGCACGAAAACUGCGGUCCGCGGAUUACCCCGGGCCCAUCAUCGCCCUCACGGCGCACGCCAUGACACACGACAGCAACCAGUGUUUGGCAGUAGGCUGCGACGCCUACCUUUCAAAGCCCUUCGUGCGCGAGCAAUUCCUGACCACGGUUGCAAACUGUCUCGAUCAACAGCUUGCUGCUUCAACCGAGUCAUUCUCAGACUCGGUAUGA